AUGUCGAAGAAAAAAGAUUUUACCAUAAACGAUAGUGCAAAUGCUCCAAAACCUGUUAGCAGGGUUAAAAAAUCUGUACCUCCAGAUGUAAUUCCUGAAACAACUUGGGAAGAUCUGGGCGAUAAUGAUUUUGAGAUAAUUGAGGAGGUGGAUAGCGAUGGUUUGAAAAAUUUUGUAUAUAAAAAGAAAAAGUAUUAUAAACAUGGUGAGGGAAUCGAUGCAGGUGACGAAGGCAUGGUAUAUCCAGAAAUAGUUUGGUAUCUAAUAUCUCCAUAUAUUAAACCAGAAGAUGUCGGCAGAUUUGCUUGUAUAAAUAAAACAACUUAUGCUAUUACAAAACGGGAAUCCUUUUGGAGGUCGCUGUACAGGAAAUAUUGUCAGGAUAAUAAAAGUCUGCCAGAAAAGCUUAUGAUUGAAAAUAAUAAUAAAGUAUAUGGCUUACGGCAGAGAGUGAUCCGAGGGCUGUAUUACACAUAUGAUGUGUUUGUUCAUAGAACUAUACAACACGCUGCACAGGAUACCAGGCCUUACCAACUCGUGAAUCACAGAUGUGUCAAUGUCUGGUACACCAGAGGCCAGAAGUACUGGUAUGUUUACUUCAAACUCAAAAAAUGCAAUCUUCAGAGGAUAAAUAAUAAAGUGGACUUUUUUGAGGAACUUGGCAGGAUUGACGCAAAUCCAGAAGAAGACUCACAGGUUUUACAGGUGGUGUGUAAGGGCUUCCACGAGGUGCCUCCGCUCAUGGGUAUGACCCUGUCGUCUGUGAGACUGGUGCUGUCUCGAGAGCUGGGACACCACAGGCUGCACCUGGGCUUCAACUCCGGAAGUUACAACAUAUCGAGGAACAUAAUUCCAGAACGUUCCGUCGUUAUCGACACAGUCAUCAGUACCGUGGUCCACGACUGGUGGCAACCCAAAUAUCCACAUUUUGAGAACAGUCUGCCCUCGAACAGACGGGAUGAAGAAUCGUUGCCCGUGUUGAAAAAAGACUUCUUCGAUGUUUGCAAUGACUUGUGAUACGGUUUAUGUUAAACAUGAGAAAUAUAAACGUUAUUGUUAUCAA